GUUGCCGUUUUGGCUCCCAUGGUUCUAAGGACCAUGCUGGUUAAGCCUCAUUGCUUGGAGAAGAUGAUCAGAGUCAUCAGAAACUUGUGUCCUGAUAUAAUGGUGCUCACUGAGGUGGAAGGCAAACAUAAUUCACCAUCUUUUGUUAACAGAUUCAUUGAAGUUUUGUUCUAUUACAGUGCCUAUUUCGAUUCUCUUGACGCUUUCAUGGAAGCUGCAGACCCGAAUAGAUUGGCAAUGGAAGGGACACUUAUGGCUUCGGCCGUGCGGAACAUGAUAGCGAGAGAGGGAGGAGAGAGAAUCAUGAGGCAUGUUGGGCUUGACACAUGGAGGUUGUUUCUUAACAGAGUGGGUUUUGAAGAGGUUGAGGUCAGUGAGGAUGCUUUGUAUCAGGCAAAACUGAUAGUGAAGAGCUAUAAUCACGCAGAGUCUGUUUCACUAGAAAUGAAUGGGAAAUCAUUGACAAUUGGUUGGAAGGGCACACCAUUGCACUCUGUUUCUGCUUGGAGGUGCUUUUAGGUGCCUCAGUUGCAUUGUUUGUUCAACGCGAUGUAACCUAGAUUACAGUAAAUGGUAUGACUCCUGUGUAA